AUGGAGCCCUCGGAGGCGCCAUCGCUGAUGCUGCAGGCCGAGAAGGCCCUGCCGCAGCCUGUUCACCCGCGCCUCAUAUCUUACUGCCCGACGAUGGACUUGGUCGCCGUGAUCACCCAAGAAGAGACACUGGACGUCUACAGAUUGAACGGCCAACGGGCAUUUGGCCUCAAGCGCAAGACCUUCGAGAGCAAGGUCGAUUCGAUAUGCUGGAAAUUCAAUGGCCAGCAUAUUGCCAUCGCGUGGGACGAUGGCUCCGUCGACAUUGUUUCGUCCGAAACAGGAAAGACAGUCAAACAGGUUCGUCGCGAGGCUGCGAGCUUCGCUGCUGAUGACGAGUCUACGCCACGCAUCUCUUCACUCGCAUGGGGUGUCAACUUCAUCGAUGUUGCCGCUGUGAAAGAGCGCACUGGGGCCUGGGCUCCUAGCGGCAUGCUGCUUGAUACGACCGAGGAUUGGGACCAAAAGAAAGAAGAGGUUACGCUCGACGAUUUCCUCGAACGGCAACCAGAUUUGGCCAAGUUGGGAAUUUCGCCGGACCUUCCUGACCAGAUCGCGCUGAUAGAUGUGCAAGACGCUCUUCCAAAGCUUCCGCUCAUCCCAGCUCCGCCGGCAAAUCCCUUCCAAAUGAUGGCAAAGGCGAAGUCGACGGACGCGUUCAGCUCUCAGCAGUCCAUUGACGCAAUAUUCCAUUCACAGCACAUGCGGGACAGUAAUGCUGUAGAUGUACUACUCAUAGGUUGCGACAACGGAGCUGUUAGCCCUACCAUAUAUGAUUCCUUGGAGAUUGGCGGCAUGCGGAUACCUUCUGAAUGGUCUUUAAUCAAUCAGACGCCACUCCUUCACGCCUCGCAUCCAUAUUCCUGCAGCCAUCUAUCACUCAUAGAAAUGAAAAGCGAAUCAUGGGAGCAGCCACGAGUCGCCCUCGUUCCUCUCACGCUUCGAUUCAUCCCCUCGAACGGAAUAUACCUCCACCUCAUCGCAUCCAAAACUGCUCAACUACAAAACCUCCUGCAGUAUCUGCAAUCAUGCCUUCGAACCAUCAUCGCAUACUUCCAUAAUGCCCGGGACCUGCCUUCGAGGUUUAUGCGGAACAUCAGCGAGACACUGGAGGAAAAGGGAGAGGGCGACCUCAUCUCAAACCUUUACCAUCUGGCUGUAACGGGACACUGUCCUCCCACUAUCAAGGAGUGGUUGGGUCACAAAAGAUGGGAUCAAGCUGCUAGCCAGGGCUACACCAAGGUAUUAGAAAUAACCCACGAAAAUAUCAUACCUGCUCUCGACCGAACAAGCAUUGUGGUGAGCAUGCUUCGUGGUCUUGCUCGCUACACGGGGUCUAGUAAAAUCAUCAAUGUCCCCCCAGAGGAACUUAGCAAUAUCCUCGAUACCCUUCGCUGUCUUCGUCUUCUUGCACACAAUGUAUUGAUCUACGCUGGAGAAGAGCGGCGUCAGUUCACCGCAUUCUCUAAAUGGCUCCGUUACGAGAUCGACACGCAGGCAACCGAUCCCUCUUCACAGUCUGCAGAAGAGGCAGCAGACAGAGAUCCUGGUCUUGAUCAUGGCCUGCUGCUUGCCUACAUUCCUGGUGCUCUGACCAAGAGCAAGCUCGCACCUUUCUUGAGACGCCAAGCGGAUAUAGUCGACCCCAGACCCGAACUUUUGGCAUAUGAGCACGUAAAGCUGAACAUGAGCACCCAUCGUCAAGAUGGGUCGAUCCCAAAUGGAACCAGAGAUGUGAGGAUGGUCUUCGAGAAAUUAGAGGAUACCUCUGAUAUCUCGACCUAUUUGGUUCUUGUUCCUCAACAUGCUAAGAGUGAGGUACGGCUCCAUCGCAUUGUCCAUUGCGACAUAUUCAAUGAUAUUGAGCAUUCUGUCCGCUCCAUGCAAGCUGUUACCAUCCAGUUCCGUGGCUGCGAAAUCAAGGAUGUCAAAUUCGUCGACGACAACACCUUCAUGGUCCUCCUUCGUAGAGAUGACUCCUCUUAUCUCCUUUCCCUCCCAUAUUCCUCCUACGCUACCGAGCAGACCCCCAGUACCCUUCAUCACUCAUCGGAGCCUAUGUUCCAGCCCGCUAGCGCUUAUUCUCUGCCUGAUGGCAUGCCUUUACCAGACGAUUCCCGCCAAAUUUGGGACUUGGACACGCCUGAUUGCUGGGCACCAUUUGUGAAACACGUGUUCCCCUCGAGCGAGCGCUUCACGCCGAUCAAGAUCGAUGUCAAUGGCCGCAAGGAUAGACGCGUCGUAUGCGUUCUGGGCGAUGAUCUCAAGCAUUACAAGAUCUACGAUCUGGACUACGACAGCGGCAAGGAAGGGGAGGGAGAUACAACAGUGGAUACGAUCAUGAGUGGCUGA